AUGAAUGAAGUGACUGAGCAGACAAAGCUCGAAGUUGAGAUUCAGAAUGGAUUCAAUGAAACCCGAAGUGGUGACCCCAAAACCAACACCACGGGUCGGACUUUGCAGAUCAUAUCGAGCUCGUCGGAUCAGCGAACAACCAUUGGUCAUCAUUUAACUGGAGUAGAUCUAACUUUCACAGAUCACAAACCAAAGUUUCUAUCAAACAUCAACUCUGCAUUAAGGGGAUCUCCAGCUGAAGAUAACAAUCACAACAGUCGAAGAAGAACAAACGAAAAUGGGGAAAGAACAGAAAUCUUGGAUCCUAAUCGACCUGCCAUUCCUAUUCGUCCCGGAUCUUCAGAUGAUGAAGAUGAAAAUGGUCCACAAAUUGUUGAAGAAGCAGAUGAUCAUACUUCUCUAGGUCGGCUUUCGGAUGAAGAACCUGAACAAGAUGAAGAAGCUCCUUUAGUUGUAGUAGUCAAAGAAGGAAGAGAUUUGACGCAUGAAGAAGUUGAAGCUGAAAGGAUUCGCCUCCGAGAAAACCCUGAUCAGCCAUCUUCGCUGCCUGCAUCAUCACGGCCCACGAUACAGGCAUCUUUAACAUUUUCUUCUAAUAGUACAGCGGGCCCAUCAACUAACAAACGAAAAACGGAACGAGCUAACUUGCCUGUUCGUGGUGGCGAUGAUACUGCAGCCGACGGUUGGUCAGAACUAGUUAAGCGGACGAAAGGGGAUAAACCUUCUAUGGUUUUAACGGCUCAGGAAGAGCGAGAAAAGGCCAAGACUCGAGAACUUCAGAAGAAGGAAAAGAAGGCAGCUCUUAAAUCUAAGAAUAAGAAAGCCAAGAACUUGAUGUCUUUCUCAUGACGAAGUUGAUCUCAUACUUGGGUUAGACAACUCUUUAGGAUCUUAGGUGUCGCCUAUCUUAUGGCUGGGCUUGUAUCAUCGGUCAGAUACAGAUAAUCAAACACUCGACCGUAUGUCAUCAAAUCAAGUCACACAAGGCCUCAACUUGGUAUGAUUCGAGGAUACAAAGUUGGUGCGUGAAAUGUGUCUUGGACGAGGAAAGCCGACUUAUACUUGUAGUUCUCCAUCACUUCCGCUCAACCAAGCUUUUCUUGGUGCAAUCCUUGCAACGUCCAUCAGAACUCGUGUAUCAUGAUAGCUGUUGUAUCAUUUUCUACACGGCCAAAUAUCCAAGUGUGUUGUGGUUGGCAGUCCUCUGUUUUUGUAUGAAAAAGUUCUUCAAAUUUUUCGCUUGUACUUACAUCAAUGGAGCUCUGAUGAAUUUUUGAACUUAUUUAGCGCC